CGAGCGGGAGGAGCCUGCCUGGGGCCGGGCUCUUGCACCCAUGCGCUCCCGCUGAAUGGGAGAGCGCCUGCCCGCCGCCUCGUCCACGCCGCCCGCGCGAGCAUCCCCGGCUUCCCGCGCCAGGCCCGGAGCGCUCGGGGGGGAUCCCCGCUUCUCGCCCGCGAGCGCCUUCAGUUCAUUUUGGCAGUGGAUCACAACUCAGAUAACAAGGAUCACUGGAGUGGUGCAGACCUACUUUGGAGGCAUCAUGAGUGGCCAGCCGCCCUCAGAGGACAAGCUGCUGGAGCUGAACGUACAUUCCCAUUUCAUCAUCGGCUCUGUUUCGGAGGAUAACUCUGAGGAUGAGACAGGCUCCUUGGUGAAAAUUGACCUGUUGGAAGACAAAGACCAAUCCAUCUCACCGGUCUCUAUCAGUUUGGACUCUCUUUCAGACCUGGGUUCCUCUACUGCUCAGGAGGCUCUUCAUAUGAGACCAAGCAUGUCCGGCCUCCAUCUCAUGAAACAAGGCAGAGAUAGGAAGAAGGUGGAUCUUCAGAGGGAUUUCACAGUUGCGUCUCCAGCAGAGUUUGUCACCCGUUUUGGAGGGAACAAAGUUAUUGAGAAGGUUCUCAUUGCCAACAACGGGAUAGCGGCAGUAAAAUGCAUGAGGUCCAUCCGACGCUGGUCCUACGAGAUGUUCCGGAACGAACGAGCCAUUCGGUUCGUGGUUAUGGUGACGCCUGAAGACUUGAAAGCCAACGCAGAAUAUAUUAAAAUGGCUGAUCAUUACGUCCCAGUGCCUGGAGGUCCAAAUAACAAUAACUAUGCAAAUGUGGAGCUGAUACUGGAGAUUGCAAAAAGAAUUCCAGUGCAGGCAGUGUGGGCAGGCUGGGGCCAUGCCUCGGAGAACCCCAAACUUCCAGAACUGCUCCACAAAAAUGGAAUUGCUUUCAUGGGUCCCCCAAGCCAAGCAAUGUGGGCACUAGGAGAUAAAAUUGCCUCUUCUAUAGUGGCACAAACUGCGGGCAUCCCUACCCUUCCGUGGAGUGGCAGUGGUCUCCAAGUGGAUUGGCAAGAAAAUGACUUUCAAAAGCGGAUCUUGAAUGUUCCCCGGGAGCUGUAUGAGAAGGGCUGUGUGACAGAUGUGGAUCAUGGGCUGCGGGCUGCUGAAGUUAUUGGUUACCCUGUCAUGAUCAAAGCCUCAGAAGGAGGGGGAGGAAAAGGAAUCAGGAAAGUAAACAAUGCCGAUGAUUUCCCCAACCUCUUCAGACAGGUACAAGCUGAGGUGCCCGGAUCGCCUAUCUUUGUGAUGCGUCUUGCCAAGCAAUCCCGCCACCUUGAGGUCCAGAUCCUUGCAGACCAGUACGGCAACGCCAUCUCCCUCUUUGGCCGAGAUUGUUCUGUGCAGCGCCGGCAUCAGAAGAUAAUUGAGGAAGCGCCGGCAUCUAUUGCAACGUUGGCUGUCUUUGAACACAUGGAACAGUGUGCAGUGAAACUGGCCAAGAUGGUGGGCUACGUCAGUGCUGGGACAGUGGAGUACCUUUACAGCCAGGACGGGAGCUUUUACUUUCUGGAGCUAAACCCUCGGCUGCAGGUCGAGCAUCCUUGUACAGAAAUGGUGGCUGAUGUGAACCUGCCUUCUGCUCAGCUCCAGAUUGCCAUGGGAAUUCCCCUCCACAGGAUCAAAGAUAUCCGGGUCAUGUAUGGGGCUUCCCCCUGGGGGGACACCCCUAUUGACUUUGACAACUCAGCCCAUGUGCCUUGCCCGCGGGGUCAUGUGAUUGCAGCCCGUAUCACCAGUGAGAACCCUGAUGAGGGAUUUAAACCCAGUUCUGGAACCGUCCAAGAACUGAAUUUUCGCAGUAAUAAGAACGUCUGGGGUUAUUUCAGUGUCGCUGCUGCAGGAGGACUUCACGAGUUCGCUGACUCUCAGUUUGGCCACUGUUUCUCGUGGGGAGAAAAUCGUGAAGAAGCCAUCUCAAACAUGGUUGUUGCUCUGAAGGAGCUGUCCAUUCGAGGGGACUUCAGAACCACGGUGGAGUACCUGAUUAAGCUGCUUGAAACAGAAAGCUUUCAGCAGAACUGCAUUGACACUGGUUGGCUGGACCGGCUCAUUGCAGAGAAAGUGCAGGCAGAGCGGCCAGACACCAUGCUGGGGGUGGUGUGCGGAGCUCUCCAUGUGGCUGAUGUGAACCUUCGGAAUAGCAUCUCCAACUUCCUCCAUUCCCUGGAAAGGGGCCAGGUCUUGCCUGCUCAUACUUUGUUGAACACGGUGGAUGUGGAGCUCAUCUACGAAGGGAAGAAAUAUGUACUAAAGGUAGCUCGGCAGUCUCCAAAUUCCUACGUUGUCAUCAUGCAUGGCUCCUGUGUGGAGGUUGACGUUCACCGGCUAAGUGAUGGAGGUCUCCUUUUGUCCUAUGAUGGGAGCAGUUACACCACCUACAUGAAAGAAGAAGUGGACAGGUAUCGCAUCACCAUUGGCAAUAAAACCUGUGUAUUUGAGAAGGAAAAUGACCCGUCGAUUCUGCGCUCACCAUCAGCGGGGAAACUCAUCCAGUAUGUGGUGGAAGAUGGUGGACAUGUCUUUUCUGGGCAAUGUUUUGGUGAAAUUGAGGUGAUGAAGAUGGUAAUGACGCUCACAGCGGCAGAAUCGGGCUGCAUCCAUUAUGUGAAGCGCCCUGGGGCAGCCCUCGAGCCUGGGUGUGUAAUUGCUAAACUGCAGCUGGAUGACCCAAGCCGAGUUCAACAGGCUGAACUCCAUACGGGAACCUUGCCCCAGAUUCAGAGCACGGCACUCCGGGGUGAGAAGCUCCACCGGAUCUUCCAUUAUGUCUUUGACAACCUGCUCAACGUGAUGAAUGGGUACUGCCUUCCAGAGCCCUUUUUCACCAGCAAGGUGAAGAACUGGGUUGAACGGUUAAUGAAGACUCUCCGGGAUCCAUCCUUGCCUCUCUUGGAGCUUCAGGAUAUCAUGACCAGUGUCUCUGGGCGGAUCCCCCCCAAUGUGGAAAAAUCCAUCAAAAAGGAAAUGGCACAGUAUGCGAGUAACAUCACAUCUGUCCUUUGCCAGUUUCCCAGCCAGCAGAUUGCCAAUAUCCUGGACAGUCAUGCAGCCACCUUAAACCGCAAAUCGGAGCGUGAGGUUUUUUUCAUGAACACUCAGAGCAUUGUGCAGCUGGUUCAAAGAUACCGAAGCGGCAUCCGAGGGCACAUGAAGGCAGUGGUGAUGGAUUUGCUCCGGCAGUACCUAAAGGUGGAAACCCAGUUCCAACACGGUCACUAUGAUAAGUGUGUCUUUGCUCUUCGAGAGGAAAACAAAAGUGACAUGAACGCUGUCCUCAACUACAUCUUUUCCCAUGCCCAGGCCACCAAGAAGAACCUGCUUGUGACGAUGCUUAUUGACCAGCUGUGUGGCCGAGACCCAACGUUGACAGAUGAGCUGAUUAACAUUCUGACGGAGCUGACCCAGUUGAGUAAGACCACCAAUGCCAGAGUGGCCCUGCGAGCCCGCCAGGUGCUCAUCGCUUCCCACCUGCCCUCCUACGAACUCCGCCACAAUCAAGUGGAAUCCAUCUUCCUUUCAGCCAUUGACAUGUAUGGGCACCAGUUCUGCAUCGAGAAUCUGCAGAAACUCAUCCUUUCCGAGACCUCUAUCUUUGAUGUGCUCCCGAACUUCUUCUAUCACAGCAACCAAGUGGUGCGGAUGGCAGCUUUGGAGGUGUAUGUUCGAAGGGCGUACAUUGCCUAUGAGCUGAACAGCGUCCAACAUCGUCAACUGAAAGACAACACCUGUGUGGUGGAAUUCCAGUUUAUGCUCCCUACUUCACAUCCAAACAGAGGGAACAUUCCCACGCUCAACAGAAUGUCCUUCUCGUCCAACCUUAACCACUACGGGAUGGUCCACGUAGCCAGUGUGAGUGACGUUCUCCUGGACAACUCUUUCACCCCACCGUGCCAGCGCAUGGGAGGCAUGGUUUCCUUUCGGACCUUUGAAGACUUUGUCCGACUUUUUGACGAGAUUAUGGGGUGCUUUUGCGACUCUCCUCCUCAAAGCCCCACCUUCCCAGAAUCAGGACAUCCAUCCCUGUAUGAUGAAGACAAGAGCCCUAAGGAUGAGCCUAUCCAUAUCCUGAACGUCGCCAUUAAGACUGAUUGUGACAUAGACGACGAAGGUCUCGCUGCCAUGUUCAGGGAAUUCACGCAGAGCAAGAAAUCGAUCCUGAUUGACCACGGAAUUCGACGGCUAACUUUUCUGGUGGCCCAAAAGGAUUUCAGAAAACAAAUCAACUAUGAGGUGGACCAAAGAUUUCAUAGGGAAUUCCCCAAAUUCUUUACAUUCCGUGCCAGGGAUAAGUUUGAAGAGGACAGAAUCUACCGCCACUUGGAGCCGGCCUUGGCAUUCCAGCUGGAGCUUAACCGAAUGCGCAACUUUGACCUCACCGCCAUCCCAUGUGCCAAUCACAAAAUGCACCUCUACCUGGGGGCAGCGAAAGUCGAGGCAGGAGCUGAGGUUACCGACUACCGAUUCUUUGUACGGGCGAUCAUCCGCCAUUCGGACUUGGUGACCAAGGAAGCGUCGUUCGAAUACCUGCAGAACGAGGGAGAGCGCUUGCUUCUGGAGGCCAUGGAUGAGCUGGAGGUGGCUUUCAACAACACAAAUGUGCGCACCGACUGCAACCACAUCUUCCUCAACUUCGUCCCUACAGUUAUUAUGGACCCAUCAAAGAUCGAGGAGUCUGUUCGGAGCAUGGUUAUGCGCUACGGCAGCCGUCUGUGGAAGCUGCGAGUCCUGCAGGCUGAGCUGAAGAUUAACAUUCAGCUCACACCCAGCGGCAAGGCUAUCCCAAUCCGGCUGUUCUUGACCAACGAAUCUGGCUAUUACCUCGACAUAAGCCUGUAUAAAGAAGUGACUGACUCCAGGACCGCUCAAAUUAUGUUCCAGGCUUAUGGUGAUAAGCAAGGGCCUCUACAUGGAAUGCUCAUCAAUACUCCGUAUGUGACAAAGGACUUACUCCAGUCCAAGAGAUUCCAGGCCCAGUCACUGGGGACAACAUAUGUAUAUGAUAUUCCUGAAAUGUUUCGGCAGGCUCUGAUCAAAUUAUGGGACUUUAUGAAAGAGUUUGCGAUUCUCCCUGCUCCUCCCCUGCCUUCCGACAUGCUGACCUAUACAGAGCUGGUAUUGGAUGACCAAGGACAGUUGGUACAGAUGAACAGGCUUCCAGGAGAAAAUGGGAUUGGAAUGGUGGCUUGGCGCAUGACUCUCAAGACUCCUGAAUAUCCAGAUGGCCGAGACGUCAUCGUCAUUAGCAAUGAUAUCACGUAUCGGAUCGGGUCCUUCGGCCCCCAAGAAGACUUGCUAUUUCUCAGAGCAUCAGAGCUGGCUCGGGUGCAGGGUAUCCCCAGGAUUUAUGUCGCUGCCAACAGCGGUGCCAGGAUUGGCUUGGCUGAAGAGAUCCGUCACAUGUUCCACGUCGCGUGGGAAGACCCAGCCGACCCCUAUAAGGGAUUCAAGUACCUGUACCUAACACCUCAAGAUUAUAAGAAAGUCAGUGCCUUGAACUCGGUACAUUGUGAGCAUGUGGGGGAUGAAGGAGAAUCAAGGUAUAAAAUUACAGAUAUUAUUGGGAAAGAGGAUGGCCUGGGGACCGAGAACCUGCGGGGAUCUGGCAUGAUUGCUGGGGAAUCAUCCCUUGCUUAUGAAGAGAUCAUCACAAUUAACCUGGUGACCUGUCGUGCCAUUGGAAUCGGGGCUUACGUUGUCCGGCUGGGACAAAGGACAAUCCAGGUGGAAAAUUCACACAUCAUCUUGACCGGAGCUGGAGCACUCAACAAAGUGCUUGGAAGAGAGGUGUACACUUCUAAUAACCAGCUCGGUGGCAUCCAGAUCAUGCAUAAUAACGGAGUGACCCACAGCACUGUAUGUGAUGACUUCGAAGGGGUCUAUACCGUUCUGCAAUGGCUCUCUUACAUGCCAAAGAACGUAUUCAGUCCAGUUCCGAUGCUCACUGUGAAGGACCCAAUAGACAGAACAAUUGAAUUUCUUCCCACCAAGACCCCCUAUGACCCUCGUUGGAUGCUUGCUGGAAGACCUCACCCAACUCAAAAGGGCCAAUGGCUAAGUGGUUUCUUCGAUUACGGCUCUUUUUUGGAGAUCAUGCAGCCCUGGGCUCAGACUGUUAUAGUUGGCAGAGCCAGGCUGGGUGGGAUACCACUUGGAGUGGUUGCUGUUGAAACUAGGACAGUGGAACUGAGCAUUCCUGCAGAUCCCGCAAAUCUAGACUCAGAAGCCAAGAUUAUCCAGCAAGCUGGCCAAGUAUGGUUUCCUGAUUCUGCCUUCAAAACCGCAGAAGCAAUCAAGGAUUUUAACCGGGAAGGACUUCCACUGAUCGUCUUUGCCAACUGGAGAGGUUUCUCAGGUGGCAUGAAAGAUAUGUAUGACCAGGUGCUAAAGUUUGGGGCCUAUAUUGUGGAUGGUCUGCGAGAAUAUAAGCAGCCAGUCCUUGUUUAUAUCCCACCCCAAGCAGAACUCAGAGGAGGGUCCUGGGUUGUGAUCGACCCCACCAUUAAUCCUCGACAUAUGGAAUUGUAUGCCGACCGGGACAGCAGAGGAGGUGUUUUGGAACCUGAAGGGACUGUGGAAAUCAAAUUCCGGAAGAAAGACUUAGUGAAAACUAUGAGGCGUGUGGACCCCAUCUAUAUGGGAUUGGCGGAGCGACUUGGCACCCCGGAGUUAAACCCGGCUGAGCGGAAGGAACUGGAGGCCAAGCUGAAGGAACGGGAGGAAUUCCUAAUUCCCAUUUACCAUCAGGUAGCUGUACAGUUUGCUGACUUGCAUGACACGCCCGGCCGAAUGCAGGAGAAGGGUGUCAUUACAGAUGUCCUGGAAUGGAAGACGUCCCGUUCGUUCUUCUACUGGAGAAUUCGGCGCCUUCUUCUGGAGGACUUGGUCAAGAAGAAGAUCCAUGCUGCAAAUCCUGAACUGACUGACGGCCAGAUCCAGGCCAUGCUGAGACGCUGGUUUGUGGAAGUUGAAGGCACAGUUAAGGCCUACUUGUGGGACAGCAACAAAGACCUGGCGGAGUGGCUUGAGAAACAGCUGGCCGAGGAAGAAGGGGUCCGCUCGGUGGUUGACGAGAACAUCAAAUACAUUUCCAGGGACUACAUACUCAAACAGAUACGAAGCUUGGUCCAGGCCAAUCCAGAGAUAGCCAUGGAUUCCAUCGUCCACAUGACCCAGCACAUAUCGCCGACCCAGCGUGCCGAGAUCGUGCGCAUCCUCUCCACAAUGGACUCCCCCGCCUCCACGUAAGAGGAUGCCCCAAUCGCAGCGGGAAAGAAGAGGCUGCUUGCUGCUCUCAACCUCACAACUUGGACCUGCCAAGAAAUGCUGGAAAUUGACUUUUUAAUUUUUUUUAAAAAUCAGACUUCAGUGGAAGACUCUUGGAAUGCAGGCUCCCCCUAAAAUAAUUUAUGGGUGUCACAUAAUUGUACCUAUUUAACAGUGAGUGGACCAAUAUUGUAACUAGUGGUUGUUUGUACAGCACUUAUUCAGAGAUUAUGAACGGUACUGUUGUACCAUGAGGUCGUACAACAGAAGGCGGGGAGAGAUGAGGGGCCGAUGUCCAUUUUUGGCCAGUUGUCUGUUACUUAACAAAUUCCCCCCCCCCCCCCCGCAAACCCAAGAUGCCCCAUGUUUGCCAACAGUCGUGGUAAACGAGAGCCACGCUGCUGCUGCUUAGGCACCUUGCUUAAAUCUCCCCCGUUUUUCACAGGGCCCUUCAUGCUCGUCCUGCAGGAGGCGGGCAGCAAAAGGAAAAGAUUCCCACCCGCUUGAAGGGGCCUAGCGCAAUCACCAAUUCUGUGCCUACAGGGAGGCCAUUGGACUGCAGGCAGCUCAUCCCGUGAUCAGGAAAGCGCCUCCCUCCGCCUCAAGGCAGGGAAGGGCCCCUUCUGCCGCUCCAAAACACUGUUCAGCAGCAGCGCCUCCCUCCUCCCUGGACGCCUCCUCCCAGUCCAGGCUCCCUCUGCCCAUGUUUGUCCGCAGAGCAGCCGGUGGGCACCCAAGCGGCAGCAUAACGUCGGAGUCUUGGGUCCUGAAAACCGUGGGCAUCGCCAGUCCUUGGGGGUUAAACAAAUCUAUCGAGCAGUGCCACGUAUUCCAGGGCACGCCGGACCAAACCCAACCUGUGAGUGCCUCUCCCCCUCCUCAGGUCCACAGCAUUGGUUGCUUGGGGGGGGGGGCAAGUUAGUGCUACAGAACAACAAUAAGCCAACAAGCCUUUGGCUUGCCAGCACCCCCUCCCCACCCCACCGAUUUCUUCCUCAUGCUUUGGUCUAGGAAAGAAACUUUACUUCAGCGUAGGCAUCUGCCCAAAUGAAAAUGGCCUUAAUUCAAUUUGGAAAGUGGCCAAUGAAAGAAAUCCCUCCUCCAGACAGGAAGAGGGGACGAGCUGGAGGCAGCGGCUGGCUCGUCUUUAUGGCGGGGGGGAGAUCAGCAAAAGAGGCUCCGGAUGGCUCAGAGGGCAGGUGUGUUUUUUACAGACGUGCAGGCCUGGAGGAGUAGUGCUGAGUAAAACCUGCAAGGGUGGGAUCUCGGGGCUGUGAUAGGAAUUGGGGGGCACGGGCAUGUGCCUUGCUGUUUGGAGAAAGUGUCUGCCUCAGGUUCGUGAACGAGAUUUGGGAGCCCAUUUUCAAAACCCGCUGCCCAGCUGGUCAGCGUUUCCUUUCUCCUUGCAGACACACCAUGCCCAUAUAAUGCACCUGUGAGACCCUUCGGCUGUAUGUAUAGCGGAAUGUGCAGCUGAUCCAAGAGGGGAGGGGGAGCAGCAAUAAAAACACCAGACACUUUAAUUUUCCUUCUAAACCAAGAACCCAAUUUCCCUGCUUAAAAAACAGCAAUUUGGAAUUAAUGCUGUUGGUUUUUCAUACAUUGCAAAGCACUAAAAUUCAUCCUGCUCAAGCAUAAUACAAAAAUAGGGGGGGGGGAUCUAAUUCAGGGUCUGGGUUGGGGGGGCCCUUAUAUCACAGGAUAACUAGCCAAGCUUCACUAAAAAUCAAGAUCGAGAAACUACUCCCCAUGUGCGUUUUUUCUAAACCUGGAAAGUGCCAAGCGUGUGAAGUGAGACCCUCUUCCGCUACGGCUCAGGGACCACAGCCUCCCCCAACUUCCAGAUGCGCUGCAGUCCAACCCCAGACCGCCCAGAAACUACGGCCCAAGAUGGCUGGCCGAGAACCACAAGGACUGACAUCCUGCACAUCUGGAGGGCUGCAGCAACUUGGAGCAGGCUGCAGCAUCCAAAGCAACUGGCUCGAAGGGUGAUCGAUGUUCUUCAGCAACGCACCUAUUUUGCAAUAAAGUGAUGCCAUUCGACCUGGUUCAUCCUCAAAACUAUUCCAAAAGCAGCUGCAGCUGCGAAGGCGUCUCAAGGCUCACUUGUGGGACCUCGGGGGUGGUCGUGAUGGGCUUCAAUCUCCGGCAGAUCCUUCCUCCAGGGUUCAGUUCAGUGCCUUUCUUUUUUGAAACCCUCUCCCGUUAUUUCUUCAUGAAAUAAAAUGUCAAACGUCCGUCAAACCUCUCUUGACACGGCGAGAGAGAGAGAGAGAGGUUCAGCUUCACUCCAGGGUGACCCAGCUUGCAGAGGGCACAGCGCAUCUGAGAUUUUUUCCAAAUGACACCUGGAACAGCCAGGGAGUCCCAUCGGUCCCACAAACCUUCCAAAAACCGAGUCUAGAUUCCCACAGCCCUCUUUGCGUUUUUUCCCUUCCUUCCCUCAUACCAAACAUAGGCACUGAUGUGUCAUCAAGGGGUUCUUGUUUCCACCAGUUUUGUAACCAAAACUGCAAACUGGCCGUUGCUUUCGACGCCACGCCGACUCUUCCAUGCAGCGCGCCUUGGGGGCUGCAAGAAGAGCCACAGUGAAAAGGUGACCUUCUCAAUACUGUAGCUGGAACUCUAGUCCACUAAAGUUAGGAAGUCAGCAAACCCUCUGACACGGUUGAGGAAGGGAGGAAAAAGGGCAAAGGUCCCUAAAAGAUGCAGCGAUCCUUGUGUCUUUAGCAGAAAUAAACUCGGAUGAACCUCUCUGCUGGAAGUAUCAAGUGGCUUCUGCUUUGGGAGAAUUGGCAGAUCUUGGAGUUGUUUCACUUACCUCAAUUUUCUUUUAAUAAAAGCAACAAUCAGUUUGCGUCUGUA